CCCCGACGCUAAAACUAAGUGUUUUGUUUUUUUACGUUGAUAAAGUAAGCAGAACACAGUUUCCGAGCUGUUUUGAAACGUCGCGGUCGUCUUGUUUAAGUAGGUAGUAAUGUAGUGUGCGGAUAAGUUAUCUAUAGUCUAGGAAUGUAAUUAGAUUUUUAUUCUGUGCUGCAGGCGCCCGCCGUUUCCGAUUCAAUUUUCUUGCGAUAUUUAUUUUUAAUUUUAACAAUCUAAAUUAUCUUAUUGCAAUGAAGUUAUAAAGUCUUUCGAGUUUAGACCAAUUCCCACAUUAGUUUUAAUUAAAUGUUAAUUAGAAAUGUGAAAGAUUAAACAGCAUCUGUUUGACUGCAUAGUUAGGUUAGUUAGUCUAAGAUUGGCUAGGGCUGCAGCAGUCGUCAUAUGAGUUUGAUCUCUAACAACUGCAAGAUUGUAAAAAAAUAAUUUAAAAAUAAAUAAACCCGCGAAGAUGAGUGAUGAAAAAGUGAAGAUGCGAAAGCAGCUUGGACUGCUGGAAGGUGUAGCUAUUAUUUUAGGGAUAAUAUUCGGCAGUGGUAUAUUUAUAUCGCCAAAGGAGGUUUUAGAAAAAACGGGGUCAGUAUGGGGCGCACUUUCUGUUUGGGCUGCUUGCGGUGGACUUGCGACCCUUGGGGCCAUGUCCUACGCAGAAUUGGGUACCACAUUGGCACAGAGUGGUGGUGACUACCAUUACAUUAAUGAGGCCUAUGGACCUUUACCUGCAUUCCUGUACUUGUGGGAUGCCAACUUAGUGUUUGUGCCGAGUACAAAUGCUAUUAUGUCACUGACUUUUGCCAACAACAUUCUGGACCCCAUAUUUCCGGACUGCCCCAUCGACCCCAUGUGUAGAAAACUUAUCGCAGCUGUUACUAUUUGUUUCCUAACGUUCAUAAACGCGUACGACGUCAGAUUUACGACCAGGAUCCAGAAUGUGUUCAUGUUCACCAAGAUUACGGCGCUCGUCAUCAUCAUAGUGGGAGGCAUCAUCUGGAUGGGCAAAGGUGGGACUGAACACUUUGAGGAUGGUUGGGGUGGCACGAAGUCAUCGGUCAGCGAUUGGUCCGUCGCCUUCUAUUCUGGUAUCUUCUCGUACUCCGGUUGGAACUACUUGAACUUUAUGACAGAAGAAUUGAAGGAUCCCUUCGUGAAUCUUCCGCGAGCGAUCUACGUCUCCCUUCCCAUGGUGACUGCGAUUUACGUGCUGGCUAAUGUUUCGUACUUGGCGGUUCUCGGGCCGCUAGGAGUAUUGGCCACGGAGGCUAUAGCCGUGGACUUUGCAGCAUCUUGCUUGGGUUUCCUACGAUGGGCGAUGCCCACUCUGGUUGCUAUCGCCAUUCUGGGAGGUCUGUCGGUGCACAUCAUGACGUCAUCCCGUAUGUGCUUCGCCGGUGCCCGCAAUGGACACAUGCCCGAGCUGUUGGCUCACAUCAAUGUCAAAUGCAUGUCACCGAUGCCUUCACUUGUGUUUUUGAUGCUGAUCUCAAUCCUGAUGUUAAUCCCGGACAAUUUGACAUCGCUAAUCACUUACUGUACGGUGGUGGAGUCCUUCUUUACCACGCUAAGUUGCAGUGCCGUGCUGUGGCUAAGGUACAAGAGGCCAGACCUACCAAGACCUAUUAGGGUGCAACUGUGGAUGCCGAUAGUAUUCGUGGGUAUUAGCGCGGUGUUGCUCGUGGUGCCGGUAGUAAGCGAGCCGGUGGCCGUCAUUGCCGGCGCGUUGAUGACCCUCGCCGGAGUCCCCGUGUACUACGGCUUUGUACGCUCUAGGCCAGCGUUUGUCGAGACUGCUUGUACUAAAUUCACCCACUGCUGCCAAAAACUGUUCCUGUCUGCUGUCGAGGAGAAAGAAGAAUAGAUUUUACUUAAGAUAAGUACAUAAAAUUUGUACCCAUUAACGGGGAACUGUACUAACUGAAUGUCACACUAUUAGCAAUAACUUAGACUUUACAGUUUAUUGGAGGUAAAGUUGCGAAAACUUUAUGUUUAAGGGAGUUUAUUGUUCAAUAAUUAUGCUACAUUGAAAAAGAGUUCAAUCUAAACCUCUGUGGUUUUUGUGGUCCGCCAUCACAUCUUAUAUUGGUCGCAUUAUAAGUUUACUAAUAGAUAUUAAGGAAAACUCUGUACUAUAAUUCGAGACAACAUUGUAAUUAAAUUACUAACUGAAAAGUGAUGUUAACGUCACACUAAAAUGCGAUUAAUCGCAAUCUAUUAC